AUGGAGAUAGAGUGGAACCUUAGGUACCUGCUUCAGUUUAACAAACUCAUAAAAGUAGCAUUUGAGGGAGGUCCAGAUCCGUUGGUAGCGAACAAUUGGUUAGAUAAAGUUGAAAAGCAUUUCAGGGCAAUAAUUGUGCCCGAUAAUCGGUUGAAGAUCACCUUAGCCACGUAUAAAUUUGUUAGCAACGCGGUAGUAUGGUGGAAGACCAUGACUAGCGCACAUGACAUUGACAGUAUGAGUUGGGACGCAUUCAAGAGUCUUUUAUUUGAUAAGUAUUUCCCGCAAACUAAGAGACGGGAAUUGAGGAUGCAGUUUGACAGACUUGAACAAGGUGAUAUGUCAGUGAUAGAGUAUGAGAAUAACUUCACUUCUCUUUCACGUUUCGCUACAGAUGUGUUAGGGAACGAAGAAGAUAAGACAUGGCGGUUUGUGUAUGGCCUAAAUCCUUUUAUUAGGCCAGGGGUGACACUUUUGGGAUUAAAGAAUUAUUCUGAGGCGAUUACGAGAGCACUAAUGGCAGAAGCAGAAGCCAAGGAUUGGCAGGAAAUGAGUGGUAUUAUGGGUUUUCAGGAACGAGGUACGAGUGUGGGUACUUCUUCCGGGAGCCAAGACAGGAAGAGGCACAUAGGUGCUUCAUUGUCUUCCCAGGAGCAACGAACGGUAGGUACUACUCCUAUUGUUGGUGCUUCUUCAGGGUCCUCUAGGACUAUUUUGGUGUGUUAUCACUGUAGACAGCUGGGACAACGCAAGGCGAAGUGUCCUCUUGAUAGACCUAGUUCCAGAGUUUAUUUUUGGUGUGGUCAGCCGGGCCACAUGAAGAGGGAUUGUCCACAGAGGAGAUGA